AGAUAGGUUCGCCCACCCGGGACACGCACAUACGCACGCACCCGCAAUCACUUCCAAAGGACUCGCCAGGAUUCUCUAAAGACCGGGGGUCGCCCCUUCUGCCCUUUCCCCCCAGCCCCGGAGCCCCAGUCAGGGACCCCGGGAUCGGACGUCCCCACGCCUCCGGGCACCUGGCUCAGCAGGAGGCCCCCGGGUCGGGGCAGGGCAGGGCCGGCGGCGGCGAGCCGGAGCCCGCCCGGCGCCCGGGCCCCUCCAAGCCCUUGGAACCCACCCAUGGGGCACCAGCUCCCCGUGUCCCCUCGCCCGGCCGCGCCCAGCCCGGCGCCCCGAACUGCGCAGAGGAGGAGCCCGGCGCAGUGACCCAGGAGCCGCCGCAGACUCUGGAAGGCUCGGCGGCAGCCGGAGAGGCCGGCGGUUCCCCGCAUCUCCAGGCUCUUCCAGGCAUCCCUCCCAGUCGCGCCAGAGGUCCGGGCCGCCAUUCCCAGCCCCGAGCCAUGAUGAAGACCUUGUCCAGUGGGAACUGCACGAUCAGCGUGCCCGCCAAGAACUCGUACCGCAUGGUGGUGCUGGGCGCCUCGCGGGUGGGCAAGAGCUCCAUCGUGUCUCGCUUCCUCAACGGCCGCUUUGAGGACCAGUACACACCCACCAUCGAGGACUUCCACCGGAAAGUCUACAACAUCCGCGGCGACAUGUACCAGCUUGACAUCCUGGACACGUCUGGCAACCACCCCUUCCCCGCCAUGCGCAGGCUGUCCAUCCUCACAGGGGAUGUCUUCAUCCUGGUGUUCAGCCUGGAUAACCGGGAGUCCUUCGACGAGGUCAAGCGCCUCCAGAAGCAGAUCCUGGAGGUCAAGUCCUGCCUGAAGAACAAGACCAAGGAGGCGGCGGAGCUGCCCAUGGUCAUCUGCGGCAACAAGAAUGACCAUGGCGAGCUGUGCCGCCAGGUGCCCACCACCGAGGCCGAGCUGCUGGUGUCCGGCGAUGAGAACUGCGCCUACUUCGAGGUGUCGGCCAAGAAGAACACCAACGUGGAUGAGAUGUUCUACGUGCUCUUCAGCAUGGCCAAGCUGCCGCACGAGAUGAGCCCCGCCCUGCACCGCAAGAUCUCUGUGCAGUACGGGGAUGCCUUCCACCCCAGGCCCUUCUGCAUGCGCCGCGUCAAGGACAUGGACGCCUAUGGCAUGGUCUCGCCCUUCGCCCGCCGCCCCAGCGUCAACAGUGACCUCAAAUACAUCAAGGCCAAGGUCCUCCGGGAGGGCCAGGCCCGCGAGCGGGACAAAUGCACCGUCCAGUGAGCGGGAGGGAUGCUGCGGUGGGACUUGGGCCGUGCCUUAUGGGAGGUGGCCCCAGAUGCCCGCUGCCCGCAUCCCCGCUGCCUUGUGAUCCCAAAAGCAGUCGAGUUCCAAGACCUUUGGCACAAGACUGGAGGACCCCAGCCUCUAAUCUGCGUACGCUCUCCUGCCUUCAACCACUUCCUUCUGAUUCCUUCUUUCUGCUGUUCCCCCUUGGUUUCAGCUUCUCCACGGCAGGUGGAUCUCUGCAGGGCGGGAGGCAAGGUUGGGAGACAUCCAGAUUCACACCAGGACCCAAGUCAGAGCUUGCGUAUCCUUGCAACAGAUGCUGAUGCCAGAGGGGCCGAGACUCCUGCAUCUGACGGAGACUCCUAGAACAUCACAGGAUGAGAAUAAUACCCCGGGCCAGCUGGGAGAGGGCUCUGCUCUCCUGGUGUAAGACCCAGCUUAGUUUAGGUGGCAGCUGGGAGCACCCCCCCAACAUCCUGCAGCUCUUACCCUCUGACUCAGCUGUUUCUAGCCUCUGCCCCCUGAGUUGGCCCCCAGCUGUCCCAGACAUUGAGUCAGGGUGCCUCUGUGUUUGAAGGGGGGCAUGGCCACGUCACCUGGACCACAUCCAUCUCCUGGACUGCCUUCCUCAGCCUCCUCUCCCAGGUUCCUCUUGUCUGCUGGCUGUGCUUUGCUGUUGAGGCUGUUACGUCGUGUUCCCAGUAGAAAUGGAAAUCAUUGUACUGUAAAAAGCCUAGUGACCCCCUCGUUGGCCAGGCCCCCACGCAGUUCAGAGUCACUGCCUCAACUGAGGACACUUUCCUCCCCUGCUCCCGGAGGGGUUCCUACGACCUGUCUGCAGCUGGACACUGCCCUCCUCCCAGGCUUCACCGUUUAUACUCACACAGGCUGGGUGGGCAGGCCGGGGCUGCUUCUCCUCUGGCCCGUGUGUCACAGAGGAGGUGGCUGAGACUCAGAGGGGAAAGCGACAUGCCCCAGCCCCACUUCGCAGCUAGUUCGGGCCGGAGUUCCACCUGGAACCAGGCUGUCCUCCAUUGGGCUUGUUCCUGAAGCAUUUAUUGAGCACCUACUGGGUGCUGGGUCCACUGGGUGCUAGGAAACAAAGAGGGUGAGCAAUGCACUUUACCCCUCAAAGCCAAGCCUCCCCGGCUCUGGCCUCUUUCCCUUCCCCUGCCUGGCCUCUGCCCACCCCUGCUGUCCCACUGCCUUCUACACACGCAGCUGUUGGGAGGCAUGGAUGAGCAGCUGGGAGCCAGAGCUGAGCCCAGGAGAGGUAGAUGAGAAACGUUCCGGGUAGGUCAAAGAUUGGGCUGUGCUGGGUACCAGGCAUGGUGGGAUUUGAACCCAUGGACCAAAGGCUCUUGUCAUCAGCUUUUAGCAAAUAUAUUUUGUAUUUUUAAUCUCCUUAAAAAUAUUGAAGUUUUGGGCCCCAAGAAACCUUAGUAAUUGGCUAGGGAAUCUUUCCAAGGCCCAGAGAGGGUAAGUAACUUGCUCCAGGUCACACAGCAAGUCAGUGAGUGGCAGAAGCAGGGCUAGGUCUGGGCAUUCAGCACACACUCUGAUGUGCCCCUCUCCUGAUGCUGCCUCAGCCCCUGAGGACUUCAGGGAUUUGAGGUGUCCUCUCCCUAAGCUUCUCCCUGGAUCGGCCUCUGAGGGCUCCUCUGGAUUCUGUGUACAUUGUGCUCAAGUAUAUACAUGUACACACACACGUGAACACAGAUAUACACAUGCCCUGGCCUCAGGCUCUGCACACCCCACACUCCCACCCUGGCCCCUAAUGCUCAGGGCAGCUGCUCUGACCCUGCUUCUGUGGCCCCACCUGGCCCCAGCCUGAACCUUGUACCUUGGCCAGGACGGAUGUGUGGCCUGGUCUCACCUGGUCACACCCCUGCUGCCCCAUAUCUCUGUGAAUACUCUCAAUUAAA